AUGGUCGAUUUAAAUGCCGACUCUUACUUCGAAUUCACAAGUUAUGAAGAAUUUCGAAAAGAACGAUUGGCAUUAAACUAUGAUAGUACAUUAAAAUUAUGGUAUUCAUUGCCCAAUGGCUUACCAUCUGUUGAGAAUCGUCUAGUCAGACGGCAAACAUCCAAACAACAACGAUCUCGUUUGAGAAAAUUGAAAUUUUUUGCUUUCUAUUGUACAUUGUUCAAGAAAACAUUUCUCAAAAAGAAGAUUCAAUCGAAUGGUUUCCGUCUAUGGAAUGAAACAUUAAAUGUACCGACAUUAAAAGAUGAAUCUCUUUAUGGUAUAUAUCAAUCAAUGGGCAGGAUCACAUCAGAAUUUCUUAGCAAAGGGCAGCGAUAUGAUCCAACAAUUAGUUUCGAAGAAUUAUUUAAAGCUGGACGAACCGUUUGGUUCAUGAUUGCUUUUCAGAUGCAACUUAAUUUACCGUUGAUUUUAACUGAUUCCAUAUUUGGCUAUAAUAUGCUCUAUCCCUAUACCGAUGAUUUAGUCGAUUGCAAUGAUAUUAGUCGAGAAGCGAAAAAAGACUUUGCAAAAGUAUUUCAUGAACGACUACUCCACGGCGAGUCAACCUACGAUCCGAAAGUGCAUUUCGAUGGAAAACAAUCGAAUGUUGAGGAAUUAAAUUUACCAUCAUCUUUACAACCACAUGCAAAUCGCGUAGUAAAAAUAUUUGACAUGGUGAAAUUUAUUGAGAACGAUUGGAGACGUGGCAGUGAAUAUGACGGUGUUUAUAUGAGUUUAGCUACAAUACAUGAAUCGCAAAUGAAAUCAACAUUACAGCAUGCAACAACUGAUGAUGGUUAUGCACCAACUAUGACGCAAGUAGAACAAGUUAGCGCAGAAAAAGGUGGCGCAUCAUUGAUAGCUGCUGGAUUUCUAAUCGAAGGGAGAUUAACGAGAGCUAAAAUGGCUUAUUUAGAAUAUUUAGGAUUCGGUUUACAAUUACUUGAUGAUCUACAAGAUGUUAAAGAAGAUAUGAAAAAUAAUCAUCGAACAAUUUUUACUCAAACACUUGCUGAAGGUCAAACGUUAGAUGCGCCAACAGCUCGCCUUAUUCAAUAUUGUUAUUGUGCACCUGCAUUUGAAAAAUUCAGUGAUGAUCAACGAACAGUAUCAGAUCAGACAACGGGUGUUACAUUAGCUCAAUAUGUUCGCGUUUCGAUGAUGAUGUUUUCUGUUGUAUUGGUUUUAGAAGCUGCAUCUCGAUUACAAGAUUUUUAUUCAAAAGAAUUCUAUAGCGAAUUAGCAUCAUUAAGUCCACUGACAUUUAAUGAUCUUAAAGCUGUUCGUGUUGAAGAUAAACUUUGGGCUAUUGUGCGAAAUCAAUGGUUUUGA